GCCAGGCCAGGGCCGGGUCCAGCAUGUACCUAUUAAUGAAAGAUUCCAGGGUCACCGGUUCUGCGAGGAGGGCGUCACGGAACCCAAUUACAACAACCCCCAAAGCUGGUUUCUUCUCCAUGCCAGCACCGACCACGUUCCCCCCGGAGCCCUGCUACCCGAUCCCGAUCCCAUGCCGUCGCCAUUUGAGGGACCGAGGGAGAUAACCGAGGCUUUGUGCGCCGAUAUUUUGAGCAGAGACAAUGUGACUGCGGGCAUUGAGUUUGGCCAGUACAUGGCAUGCACCGUGGCCGCGACGCUUGCAAACGGAGAACGGCUGGCCGACCACCUCAACACUACGGUGCCGCCGGGGGAGGAAGACCCAAACCUGAUUCCCGAACGCUGGGCAAAGGCUUUUCAUCCAAAGUCGAUUGGGCAGCACGCGAUGGCCUUGGCAAUUCGUGAUGCUACGAGGCCGGGGAGGGGCAACCAUUUGGCCCGUAUCCUGCUCAUCUUCAGGGGGAACGACGAGCAGUGGGCCGCGUUGAGACGUGAGGUGUCAAGUCUGGGCGGGCACGAGCCCGUCAUCAUGGAAAGCACGACAGGCCUAGACAUCAAAGGCCUCGUUACGUACAUGGCUCUCACAAGGGCGAGGGAGCUCACCACGAGCCCUUUGCGGGAAGCACUGGGUCUAAGGGGCUUCUCCAUUGACCCCAGUGUGCACACAACGGCGUCCAACGACACGGCCUGGCUGGACGAAGUGUCAGACGAUGACGAUGAGUUCGACGACGACGGCGGCCAAGUUACCGAUCCUGAUCCCCCUGAUGGAGAUCGCGGCGGACAGGGCAACAAGGCACGACUCAGACGGCGGCGCAUCACCAGUACUAGUAGUACUAGCACCAUUCUAGGCCCAGGGCGCAUUUCUGUUUCUGAGGCCCAGCGACGACCGCGGCAAGUGAUCGAGUCGGAUUUGGAGCUCCAGUUUGGCGUUUAUGGGGAAGGCGAGUAUCCGCGCUGGCUCGCCCAACUGUCCAACCCGCCCCGAUUCCAAAACACCCUUUACUCCAUGUAUAGGGGUUACUUGCAAGACGCUCGGGCUGGAUCCGAUGUCCACAUCUACAUUCUUGACGGACCGGUUCAUCGAGAUCACCCGGAGUUUAGAGGAAGACUCCAACCUGGCUACACGGCCCGUUUCUCCGUCCCGCCGGACGACUAUGCUUUUUUCCACGGCACCUGCGUGGCGAGCCUUGCAGGAAGCGAAGCGUUUGGAGCGACGAAGAGCGGGGAGAAUAUCAUUCCUGUUAUAAGGGGGUACGGAAGCCUAGAUGCCUCCACCCUCUUUGACGCGCGCUUUGGAUUGUGGACCAUGUUCGCCAGCAUGAGAAGAUGGGCAAGGCCGUCAUCAACUACUCGGCGGUCACCUACCGAGCUUAUUGGGCUGAUACGGAAAUGCUGGAGGAAAGAAACAGGAGGCGGUCCUAUUUUUACAGGUUUGACAGCUUCGAUCCCUGGUUCCACUUUCUGCCCAUCCUGAGAGAGAACGGAAUCGUGGUGUCCACGGCCGUGGGAAACGACGGACGCAGAAAUCGGUCGCCAGUUUGGAUCGAUAUAGAUUCGCCGCAGCGCUACGCAGCGCGCGGAAUUCCCGGGCGCGGCCCGGGAGACGGGGAUGCGAGCGACACCAUGAUUGUGGUCGGCGCCGUGGACAGGUUCGCCAGGGGGGUUGCGGAUUGGCAAAAUCAUUACACCGAAAUCAUCACAGUGUCUUUCUUUCUUUUCUUCUUUCCUCCAACAAGCCCCCCGCCCC